AUGCCUUCCCUCAGAAGCUUCAUAGUAUAUUGCUUGGGCAUUGCCGCACACUUCACAUCGGCGUGGCCAACCCAGCACCCCGAACACGUCCAGAUACUCACCCGAGCAGAGCAGCUCGCCACCGAAUACGACUAUGUAAUUGUCGGCGGUGGCACGUCUGGCCUGACAGUCGGUGAUCGACUCACAGAGGAUGGCAAAUUCGAGUAUGGCUACUACGACAGCCAGACUGGCAUGAAUCCACGUCGCAUGUUCAACAUCACGUCCAAGCCGUGCCCCAAUCUCAAUGGCCGAAGCUUUGACGUAGGUAUUGGAUGUGUUGUCGGUGGAAGUUCUUCCGUCAAUGGCCAAGUCUUUCUUAGGGGAACCAAAGACGAAUACAAUGCCUGGAAAGAACUUGGUGGAACCGGGUCUACAUGGGACUGGGAUAACCUGCUGCCAUACUUCAAAAAGGGCAUCACCCUCGCGCCUCCUGAUGCAGCUCAAGCUCGAGAGUACAACAUCACCUACGACACAAAGUACUGGGGCACAACCUCCAAGAUCUAUGCUGCCUUUGGCAAGGGCCCUCUUCAGUCCGUCCUCAGUAGGUUCCAAUCCGUCUGA